AUCAUAAGUCCGCCCGAUCUUUAUGAAAUCCGUUGAGUUCUUCUGUUAAUUCGGAUUAUAAUGUUAAAUUUAUCAAGUCGGAUUAAUGGUCGUGGAUUAUUGUAAACACAGUUAAACAAGUGUGCAUUCUGACUUGUGUUGUUAAACUAUAAGGAGUGAGCACUAAUAAACAUGGAUGUUGGGGAACUGUUGACGUUCAAGCCAGAGAUGGCAGUAAAGCGAGCACAGGAAGAGGAAGAGGAAGAAAAAGAGCGGCCAGGGAGGAAGCGAAGCAGAUUGGAAUCCAGAGGUUUAGGUCCUCAGCCACCAGCAGCUACCACCCACCCUACAGUGACUAAUGCACGUACCCGACAGAUUGUGGAGGAAAAGUUGCAACAGCUUGAGCAGCAGGAAGAUCCUGAAACUGAUGAGGGCCCCUUAGAUGAAUCAAAGCUCAAGAAAAUGAUUCUUGGAUUUGAAAAGCGAGUGCUGAAAAACCAGGAGCUGCGAAUAAAGUUUCCUGAUGAUCCAAGGAAGUUUAUGGAAUCAGAAAUAGAACUGAAUGAUGCCAUAGAAGAACUGCAUGUAGUGGCAACAGUACCUGAGCUUUACCCAGUAUUGGUGGAGGUGGGAACUGUGAAAAGCUUACUGGCUCUCCUCAGCCAUGACAACACAGACAUUGCCAUCGCAACUGUUGAUCUGCUUCAGGAGAUGACUGAGGUAGAGGACCUACAGGAUGACAGUGGAGCAGAGGCUCUCAUUGAGGGUCUACUGGAGGGGCAAGUCAUUACUAUCUUGGUCCACAACCUCCAGCGCCUGGAAGAGACUCAGAAACAAGAAGCUGACGGUGUCCAUAAUACCCUUGGAAUUAUUGAAAACUUGGCUGAAGUACGACCUGAGAUCUGUGGUGAAGCAGGGCCUGGUGGACUCUUGGCUUGGCUUUUGAAGCGGCUUCGUGCAAAGCUGCCUUUUGAUGCCAAUAAAUUGUAUGCCUCAGAGAUCCUGGCAAUUUGUGUUCAGAGUCAUGAGGAAAAUCGCCGUCUUUUGGGAGAAAUGGAUGGCAUUGAUGUACUCCUUCAGCAGUUGGCUGUGUACAAACGACAUGACCCAUCUACUAGUGAAGAACAGGAAAUGAUGGAAAACCUUUUUGACACUUUGUGUUCUUGCUUGAUGCUUCUUGCCAACCGUGAUCUGUUCCUGCGGGGGGAAGGUCUUCAGCUAAUGAAUCUUAUGCUCAGAGAGAAAAAGCUGUCUCGCAAUGGAGCUCUCCGUGUGUUGGAUCAUGCACUAACAGGAGCAGAAGGUGCUGACAACUGUAACAAAUUUGUUGAGAUCUUAGGCCUUCGAACCAUUUUUCCACUGUUUAUGAAGACCCCAGGCAAACAUGGGAAGAAAGGACUCACCAAAGAUCAGCACGAAGAACACGUAGUCUCCAUCAUCAUGUCCCUCCUACGCAACUGUCGGCCUAACCAGCGGACUCGCCUCAUCAAUAAGUUCACUGAAAAUGAUCAUGAGAAAGUUGACAGGUUGUUGGAGCUACAUUUCAAGUACUUGGAGAAAGUACUUGCAACCAACUAUGCACUAGAAGAACAAGCCAAGGCAGAAAAUUUAGAUGAAGAUGAUUUGUAUUUGAGGCGAUUAGAUGGAGGGCUGUUUUCACUCCAGUUGGUUGACUACAUUAUGCUGGAUGUGUGUGCCACUGGACCUCCCUCCAUUAAGAGACGAGUUCUGAAAAUUCUUAACCUUCGUAAUGCUUCUGUGAAGACCAUUAAGAAUAUCAUGAGAGAAUAUGCAAGUAACUUAGGCGACACUUCCAGCUCUGAAGCUCAAGCAGAAGAACAAGACAGAAUACUGGAUCUUCUUGAUAAAUUCCAGAACACUUAAUACAGAACCCAUUCUUGUGGGGAGUACGAUUUAAGUUUUUUCAGGGCAUACACUGUUUGCUAUUUUGCAAAAUAUUCUUUAGUAGAAUAGUUUGAUAAGUCGAUACUUCACUUUAACGACUAAUUGGUACCAAAAAACUGUUGUUAAAGUGGAAAUCUGUAAUGUGGUGAGUAUAGUUUACAUGCUAAAUGGGUCAAUUGGUACCAGCCCUCAGACACUUUCACCCCUUAUAAACCCCACAAAAAUUACAACCACUUAUUCACACACAUUAAUACUGCUGUAAAUGUCUUGCCUGUAGGAUAUAAAUCCCUUGCCAGCGUAAUCAGGAUCUUAUAAAAAGGAAAGUCAAGAACCAUGGGUUUCCAAGGGGUAACAAACAACCGUUAGAGAUUGUCAUCUCUUUACUACGAAAAU